AUGUCCCAGAUGCGGAAACUGAGGCUCGCAGGCGUUGGGGAGGCGACUCAGAGGACUACGAGGCGGAGGCAGCGGAGCUUGAACUUUGCAGCUCUGGCGAUGCCAAAGACCUCUCUGUGGGUCGGGUUGUCAGAGCGCGGGGGAAAGAGGGCGCGCAGGACCGCGAGCCCCGGAGUAGCCCCGGCCUCAGCGCCAGCGUCCGCACCGGGUUCGGGCCAGCCGGUCUCAGAGCCGGUCUCAGGACCCUCGCCGCGCGCACUGGGACGAGCGGAGCCAAGCCGCCCCAUGAAGCCGCCCGCCGCACAGGGCAGCCCCGCGGCCGCCGCUGCUGCAGCCCCCGCCUUGGCCUCGGCGGCCGCCGCAGACCUGACCGACGCGCUGUGCGAGUUUGACGCGGUGCUGGCCGACUUCGCGUCGCCCUUCCACGAGCGCCACUUCCACUACGAGGAGCACCUGGAGCGCAUGAAGCGACGCAGCAGCGCCAGCGUCAGCGACAGCAGCGGCUUCAGCGACUCCGAGAGUGCCGAUUCACUCUAUAGGAACAGCUUCAGCUUCAGUGAUGAAAAACUGAAUUCUCCAACAGACUGUACCCCAGCUCUGCUCUCGCCCACUGUCGCUCCUCGGAAAGCCAAAUUAGGAGACACAAAAGAGCUAGAAGACUUUAUUGCUGAUCUCGACAGAACAUUAGCAAGUAUGUGAAACAAGGAGGCGUUUGGGGUCCUUUCAUCAGGAAGAACCUUCAGUAAGUUCAGAGGACCCGGUAAAAAUCAGCUACUAGAAUCUGCUGCCAGAGGGGACAGAGAUGAGUAUGAUCACCACCAUGGGGCUCGCCUUCACGUCAGCCAUUGAGCCCAUCUCCGUGCUGUGUAGACAGUGAAACUGACUUUGUUGACCUGCUUGCAGCGAAUUAGAACAGAAGAUCCAUGCUAAUGUUGUAUCUUCUCUUAAAACAUAGCUUUCCUGUAAUUUAAAGUGCUUUUAUGAAAAUAUUUGUAAUUAAUUAUAUAUAGUUGGAAAUAGUAAUAUGCUUUUCCCAUUAUAAUAUAUUUUUGUAUACAAAUAAAAUUUGAACUGGAAUCUGUA